CCGGAUACCUGCCUUUACAUUGCCUUGCCGCCCAUGCUAUAAUCUUUUCAUAAUGGUUUCGGACAUAAGACUUACUUUCCAGUACCUGCCAUGAGACGGGCCACGACCUCGGUCACCAUCACCGACCCCUUCGUCAAAUACUCGUCUCUCAUCGCCACGGGCGUCUACAGCCCAGAUUCGGCCCAGUACCGCCUCGCUCACCACCUGCAAAAGGUGUACCUCAGACUCAAAGAUUACACGCCUUCGCACGAGUACCGGACAAGGCUCCGACGGAUCGCCAAGGCAACCAAUGUCGAUGCGGCGCCGCAAGGCGACGGCGGGACCUACCUCGCCUCCUCCACGCAUCCGAUCCGCCGCAAUCCGCUCUUUGCCCGUUUCUUCCAGAGAAACGAUGGAAGCGAGAGCCUGGCAUUGGCGAGGGUCCUGACGAAUUAUCAGGCUGCCUUGCACGUCGACUCGCCCAAAGGGCUGUUCCUUUCGGGGGAAGUGGGCACGGGCAAAUCCAUGCUUCUGGGACUCCUCGCCGAGGGUCUGCCGACUCAACGAAAGAAGAGAUGGCAUUUCAACACGUUCAUGCUGCACACAUUGUCGAGACUAGAGGAGUUCCGCAAGUCUCGGCCCCAGUCAGUCCAGGAUAGUCCCGAGUACCCUUUGCUCUGGAUGGCCAAGGAGCUGGUCGAAACAUCCCCUAUUCUGUUUCUCGACGAGUUCCAGCUCCCGGACAGGGCGGCGAGCAAGAUCAUGAGCAAUCUCUUUGUUGCCUUCUUCCAGCUCGGUGGCGUCCUGGUGGCGUCUUCGAACAGGAUGCCUGAAGAGUUGGAAAAGGCCACAGGAGGAUACUACUCGCCGCCAGCCACUGGUGGCCUGGUCGAGAGAGUCCUCGGCCUUGGGAAGAGCCGGUUUGGCGGCGAACUCGUUGGUCAAACCAGCAACUUCGCCGCGUUUCUUGAAGUCCUCAAGGCUCGCUGUGAAUUUUGGCACGUGGAGGGGACACACGAUUGGAGGAGGCGGGAGACUCGGGGCCUUCUCUCAGCCGAGUCGUUACCAGCUGUUGACUCAGUGCCUUCCCAAGUGGGGAUCAGCCCUGGCCUCGCUGCGGGCAGCCGCGUCAAGCUAGCCGACCGUGAAUGCGAAUCGAACACCCAGAUGCCAGCUAUGUACUUUUUGCCAUCCGAUGGCGAUGAAGUAUGGAUGGCUGCCCAACGGGAUGUUGGUGGUAUGAAACACGGGAGCCAUGGAGCCCAAAGUCUGGACUGGGAGCCUGCCACAUUGAUAGUGUAUGGGAGGAAGUUGCUCGUCCCUCGUCAGCAGGCCGGCGUCUCCUACUGGCACUUUGCUGAGCUUGUCGGCACGCUGGGACCGGCCGACUAUGUUACUCUGGCGUCCAAUUACCAUACCUUCAUCAUUGACCACGUUCCCGUCCUUCUACUGCCCAUGAAGAACGAGGCACGGCGAUUCAUCACUCUGCUGGACGCACUCUACGAAUCACGAUGUAAGUCGGUUAUCCGGGCCGCGGCUGGCCCUGAUUGUCUUUUCUUCCCCGAUUCGACUGCACCGGCAGCGGAAACGGAUGCGGCUCAGGCAGCAGCAGCAGGUAGCCACGAUGAAGGUACCGACGCAACCUAUUCCGAGACAAUCGCCGAAGUAUACCAGGACCAGACGUCUCCCUUCCGCCCCAACGUAUCCACCUACGCAGAGUCCCCCACGUCAAAAUACGACCCUGACCAGGACUCGGAUUUUGGCAAGGAACAGGAGAGAAAGACCAUCGACUUCAACAGAACCGGUGCCUUUACCGGCGAGGACGAGCGCUUCGCCUACAGGCGGGCGACGAGUCGGCUGUGGGAACUCUGCAGCGCACAGUGGCAUGCGCGGACGGGCGACUGGUGGCAGCCGCUGCCAAAGGAGGCCAGGCACUGGGAGGGGGCCGAGGCCUCGAGAUAUCCGCCUUCGCCGCUUUCGAAGGGCAUGCCGAGUGAGAUUACGAUGGGGCAGUCGGUCGAGCUUGAGGGGCCGGCGGGGCUGGAGAGGUUUAGAGUUGCGAGUCUGAAGAGACUGCAGCAAUAAAUAGCAAAGCCAAGGAGUCUGUUUGUUGGGCUGGUCCUGUCCCGGGAUGUGUACCCUCGGUUGCCCAGGACCCACUGAUCUACCUGAAAGGGGACAAUGAGACCAGCCCGGCAGCUUGACGACCGUCCUUUGAAACCGUGGCAGAAAGGCGACGAGAAUCUUUCUACUCAUGACCUCCUCUUGCUAUCUGAAGGCACUCCACGGACGGGUACGCACACAAGAUUCAGGCCUUCGCUCCUAGAAUCAGCAUCAGGGGACAUCGGAAAUCAAGGAUCUUAGCGCCAAACCGUUAGCCCAUUGUGGGGAAAGGGUUGCAUUUCCACAGAUCUCCCGCUCCCGACUUCCCGCCGCUAGGUGGUGCCGGGGUCGACUAACAUGGGAGAAAUCAACUUCACGCCGGCCAUGCUACGGAUAGAGCGGGUGGCACGGAGUACAGAGCGCAUAUAUACCGUAU